GUCCCGUCUGCCCUUCACUCUGAUGCCCGUGCAGCCCUCCAACCCCCUGGAAUGGAAUGAGUCUAUGCACUCCCUCCGGAUCAGCGUGGGGGGCCUUCCCGUGCUGGCGUCCAUGACCAAGGCCGCAGACCCCCGCUUCCGCCCCCGCUGGAAGGUGAUUCUGCCGUCCUUCGUGGGUGCUGCCGUCCUCUGGCUGCUCUACGCCCACCGCCCGCCCCCCGGCCGGGCCCCCGCACCCAAUGCCCACAACUGGAGGCUCGGCCAGGUGCCCGCUGACCGGUACAAUGACACCUACCCCUUGUCUGCCCCCCAGAGGACGCUGGGCGGGACUCGGUACCGAAUUGCCCUUAUCGCCGACCUGGACACGGAGUCAAGGGCCCAGGAGGAAAACACCUGGGUCAGUUACCUGAAGAAGGGCUAUCUGACCUUGUCAGACAGCGGGGACAGGGUGGCUGUGGAGUGGGACCCCGGCCACGGGGUCCUGGAGUCCCACCUGGCGGAAAAGGGGCGGGGCAUGGAGCUGUCGGAUCUGAUCGUCUUCAACGGGAAGCUGUACUCUGUGGAUGACCGGACGGGGGUUGUCUACCAGAUCGAAGGCUCCAAGGCCAUUCCUUGGGUGAUUCUGUCUGAUGGUGAUGGAACUGUGGGGAAAGGCUUCAAAGCUGAGUGGCUAGCCGUGAAGGAUGAGCAUCUGUAUGUGGGCGGCCUGGGCAAGGAGUGGACCACCGCCACGGGGGAGGUGCUGAACGAGAACCCAGAGUGGGUGAAGGUGGUGGGCUACAGGGGCAGUGUGGACCACGAGAACUGGGUGUCCAGCUACAAUGCCCUGCGGGCCGCCGCUGGGAUCCGGCCACCAGGCUACCUCAUCCACGAGUCCGCCUGCUGGAGCGACACGCUGCAGCGCUGGUUCUUCCUGCCGCGCCGGGCCAGCCAUGCGCGCUACAGCGAGAGGGAGGACGAGCGCAGGGGGACCAACCUGCUGCUGAGCGCCUCCCCGGACUUCGGCGACAUCACCGUCAGCCGCGUGGGCGAGGUGGUCCCCACGCACGGCUUCUCCUCCUUCAAGUUCAUCCCCAACACCGACGACCAGAUCAUCGUGGCCCUCAAGUCCGAGGAGGACAGUGGCCAGAUCGCCACCUACAUCAUGGCCUUCACGCUGGACGGACGCUUCCUCCUGCCUGAGACCAAGGUCGGGAGCGUGAAGUACGAGGGCAUCGAGUUCGUUUAGGCUGAGGCGCCAGGACGGGGAGCCCGGCCAGGACGGGCUGUUUGAAGCCCUGUCAGGCCCCAGAUUCUAUAAAGACCCGAGGACUGCACUUCUAUGUGGUAUUCAGUUUUGCCCUUUUUUUUCUUUUUCUCGGAACUCUGAGGCGUGCCUGGUUUAGAGAUUUCCAGAAUAGGAGCUCAGCCCAGGGUGUGUAGUGCAGCCUGAGACGCGGCUCCGCAGCAGGGAAGGGCCGGUCCCCGGCCACGGCCACGCGUGUCCCUGCGCUGCCAUCUGGUGGCAGAAGCUGGUCGUUGCAGGCGUCUCAGCCUGAGGCCCCUCCUCUUUAUCUCCCCCCUUUCUUUUCUUACCAUUUGUUCUUUUGUUCAAUAAAUAUUUCCUGAGCUCCUACUGCGUGUCAAGCAGUGUGCCCCCCAGGGGAACAAAACAGUGAGGCUGAAGUGGGCCUGCCUGCUUGGGGCCCGCCCCUUCUCAUCCUUCCUGUGAACCUCGGCCAUUAAAUCCGCCACUGCAGGACACCACAGGGCUGAGUGAGCCAGGCAGGCCUCCAGAAAGGUCUGCCCCAGUGCUGCAAGCUGGGCACGGGCCCCCGUGCCCCCCCCCCCCGAGCCUCACAUCAGGCACCUCCGUUCAGGUGACCGACCCGUUCUCCCCUCUGGGGGAAUUUGGUGGCAGUGUAGCACUUUGAAGUUUUAAUUAUUAACUUAUAUUAAUUAAAGCAGUUUCCCUUCUUAUGAAGUGGAAUUGCCAAACCUUAUCAGAACAAAGUCUUGCAGUUAACAAAUUCAUUCCCCUCAGUGGAGGAAGUGAUAAUUAUUAAGGCGGGUUUUCAAGCAUUUCUGAGUCCUUGGCCAAAGGAUGCAAAGAUAAGGACAAAGAUGCACUGCCUUUUUCUAGCAACUAUCAGGAGUUGUCAGGCCCUUAAGGAAUUUCAUGAGUGACUUGAAUUUUUAUCUCCUGGCUCAAGCCUACACCCGGCCCCAGGCGCUGGGACCCCUUUACUCUGGCGCUUGUGGACAAGGCCUGCCUGCCCUGUGUUUUCUGUCCUGGCCUUUAUUCCUCCUCUUCCUGAUGGGAGCUUUGUAGCCUCUUCUCCCUGGAAACUCUUUGCACAGACCUUGGCGUGUCUUAAUCCCUGCGGUCUCUCCUCCACUCUCCUGGGUAAAGGCAGAGGGUUUGGGAGAGAGGUCAGCCGAACGCAAGCCUGGAAGGACUGUCGCCAUCAGCCCACUCACCCAGAAGCUACCUCACCCCUCAGGAGGAUGGAGGCUCCUGAUGGCCGGAAGGGCCGUACUUCAGGCUCUGGCUGUUCCCGGGGGGCCCCGUCUCACAGACUCCCCGACUCCCCAGCUUUAACACGGCCGCUCAGAGGGAACCUAGGAAGGAGCCCUCUCUCUUGCACUGGUUGUUCCUUCUGCUAUAAGACAAAUAGCAAGAAAUGGAAAACAAGCUUUUGAAUGUGACACGUUUCUCUGGAACUCAGGUCCUACCAGACGUAGCUGGGAAGGCCCACGUCUUUUCUGACUUUGCCCAGCUGGCCUGAACCGCCUCCUUGAUAAACAUCCAUGACAUUAAGGCUGUGUGAUCUUAAAAACACAGAGAUGGAAUUAGGAAGCUUGGAGGUCUGGGGACAGUCACUGAGUUGAGACCCUCUGCCCAGGUAUCCAGAAGUACCAUUUUGCCAUGUGAUUUUUAAAUAUUCUGAAGCUAGACUUCCCUCUCCACCCUUCCCUCCAUUUUUCGCUGCUGUAAGGGUAAUGAUUGUGUUCCUUCCUACUGGAGCCAUUGUUUUGUAAACAAUAAAAUGAGUUCUCUUUGUC